GAACUGUGACACAGGAAAAGGCUUACUGGUCCAUGCCUAAAGCAGUCGACAAGGUGCCCUAUGCUGAAAUUCGGGAUAUCGAUUUAACGUCUGUGUCAACCAAAAAAAGGCGUCUUGACAGUGUUAUUAAUGGUGAGGACGUUCAACAAGAGCGACAACCUUUGAAAUUGCCAUAUGUACCUGAACCGACCGCACUAGAAAGGUGGGAGUUGUUGCGAGAUUUGCAUGCCGCAAACACACAUUCGUCGGUUCUAACUGUCUCGUCUGGAUUCCAGGAUGAAUUUAUACCGCACAUUCUUCAAGAUGGAAAUCUACCUCAGCCCCUUGUGGAUCUACGGGAUGACAGGUAUUUAGAUAUGUCCCCGAAGCUCUGAGAGCGCACUGUAUUGAGCUCGAACUUUAACCGUGACUGAAGAGCAGGCAAUAAAUGCCGAAAGGCUCACUCGAUACCAGAGCAAAUGUAAAAAGUGGUUUCGCUUUCGGUUAGGAAGAAUAACUGCUUCCAUCAUGAAAUCUGUGUGUACAACAAGCAGCGAGAAUCCUGCCUUAUCAACUGUCUUGGCUGUAUGCAGUACCAAGCGCUUCAGAUCGAAAGCCACUGACUAUGGGAUUAAACAGGAAAACAUUGCUCUGAAGGAAUAUGAAAAACGAAUGAGGACAGAACACGAGAACUUUACCAUAACAAGAUGUGGACUGUGUAUCAACUCAGAGUACCCUUACAUUGGUGCAAGCCCGGAUGGUUUUGUGAAAUGUGAUUGUUGUGGUGAAGGUCUGGUUGAAAUAAAGUGCCCUUUUACUGCAAAGGACCAUGGCCUUGCUAAUAUUCUAUAUCUAUGUGAUGGCAAGCUUAAGGACAGUCACAAGUACGCGUACCAAGUGCAGACACAGCUCCUUGAUUAUUGUGAUUUUGUUGUAUGGUCUCCAUCGGAUAUAUUUGUUCAAAGGAUUAAACCCGAUAUUAAACUGGGUGAUGAAAUUGUAGAAAAAUCACAGGCCUUUUUCACUCAUGCUGUUUUACCUGAACUGACAGGAAGUCUGAUUUCCAGAGAAAGGCUGCAUAAGCAAACUCCGCGGACAGGACCAUUGUUCAGUGAUGUGUGCCCAAAUGGUCCGCAAAGUGCUAAUCAACAUCCCAAAGCUGCUCAGCCCCUUUCCCCGGUGAAAAUAAGUACCCAAUCCAUGUGUAAUUCCUCUGUAAAAAGUGACGAGGACAUCAGUCAGUCCGACGGGGCUUCUCAAGAAUUACGUUGUGUUUGUGGUGAUAUUGCAGAUAAAAACACUGAAUGUACUGUGAAAUGUGCAAAUGAAAACUGUCCACAUGGUUUCCUGCAUUUUAAAUGCAUUUCAAUCAAAAGAAAACCCAAACCCCCAUAUUACUGUCCAUCAUGCAGACAUAAGAUGUUGAAGUAAUAUCCACUUGUGAUACUUAACUGUGAUUGAUACAGAUACAAGUUUUUGUUGAGGAUGACCAUGGCAUUGAUACUUCUGAAAACAUCUCGGAAGCAGACUAGACGUAAUGAAACACAGCAUCUGGUCUGUUUCCUAGCUGUUUGACAUUCAGACAAUAUUUCUUUAUGAAAAUAAAUGGGGCAUAAAAUAUGCAUUGUAGUAUUAUAAAUUGUUUCUUUGAUACUUAAAUAAUAUAUCUUUCCUUUUUAUAAUUUUCAUGAAAGAAUGUAAAUUAUAAAAAUAACUGUGUUUCAGGUAGUCAUUAAAUCAGGUUUUAAAUUUAAGAAUUUCUAUUAAAUCAGUAAUGUAUUAUACUUCUUCUUUUACUUCUGAACAUUUUUAAGCUAAA